GAGAUACACCCUUGACCCUUGCCACCUUCACACUGUUUCAUGAAUAUACAUCAACAACACCCCCCGUCCUCCUCUCACGAUUUAACUCUCGAGAAACAUAAAAAGGCAUUUUUCACAAAGUCACCAGCUACUUCAUCCCUUGCCGGCCUAUGCUUGCAAGAUGAGUAGUCCAACGGCCACGACGACGGGGCUUGACCCCGCUGUCCAAAACGACAACGUCAUCCGUCGGGCUCAUGGUCCAGAAAAUGGCAACACUCCUAAUAACAAUAACAAGGCCAAUGGCUCUGUUGACAGUGAUAACGACACCAGGAAACAAGUGAAAAAGGCAAUUCGGAGUAAAUACCGCCAUGUCGAGGCCGUUCACUCUCAGUCAAGGCCAUCCUGUCUCAGCCAUGACACAACUGAGAGCCCCAGCUUCCUGGGGUUCCGCAACCUGAUGGUCAUUGUUUUGGUUGUCGGUAACCUUCGUUUGAUCAUUGAGAACAUUCAAAAGUACGGCGUCCUGAUAUGCAUUGGCUGCCAUGACUUCCGCAAAUCCGACAUCAACCUCGGCCUGCUUCUGUACUUCCUGAUCCCCUGCCACCUCUUCAUCGCCUACAUCAUCGAGCACUACGCCGCCGUCCAAGCCCGUGCCGAGCGCAAUGUGGCCGCCUCCGAGCAAAACGGAAAGGAGCACCAUCACCAAGACGGCACCAGCAGCCCAACCGAAGAACAGCACCGCAAAUUCCAAUCCACCUGGAAACUAGUCCGCCUCCUCCACGCCAUCAACGUAACCACCGCCCUCGCCCUAACCUCGUACGUGGUCUACUACCACAUCCACCACCCUUUGAUCGGCACCCUAACGGAGGUGCACGCCAUCGUGGUCUGGCUCAAGACGGCCUCGUACGCCUUCACCAACCGCGACCUGCGGCACGCGUACCUGCACCCUGCUCGCGGAGAGCUCGACGCCCUGCCGGAACUGUACGCGCAGUGUCCCUAUCCGGAGAACAUCACCAUGGGCAACCUCUGCUACUUCUGGUGGGCUCCCACGCUGGUCUACCAGCCCGUGUACCCGCGCACUUCGAAAAUCCGGUGGUCGUUCGUGGCCAAGCGGUGUGGAGAGGUAGUCUGUCUCAGCGUGUUCAUCUGGUUCACGUCGGCGCAGUACGCGACGCCCGUGCUGCGUAACUCGCUGGACAAGAUCGCCUCGCUCGAUAUUCCGAGCAUUGUCGAGCGCCUGCUGAAGCUGUCGACCAUUUCCUUGAUCAUCUGGCUGGCGGGGUUCUUUGCGCUGUUCCAGAGUUUCCUGAACGCGCUGGCUGAGGUGACGAGGUUUGCGGACCGCUCGUUUUACGACGAGUGGUGGAAUAGCGAGAGUCUGGGCGUGUACUGGCGCACGUGGAACAAGCCGGUUUAUCAGUACUUCAAGCGCCAUGUGUACUCGCCGAUGCGGUCGAGGGGGUGGAGUAAUGGGACGGCGAGUUUGGCGGUGUUCUUUUUGUCAGCGGUGCUGCAUGAGUUGUUGGUUGGUGUGCCUACGCAUAACCUUAUUGGCGUCGCUUUCCUCGGCAUGUUCCUCCAGUUGCCGCUCAUCGCGCUCACCAAGCCCUUGGAGAAGAAGACGUCUCCCAACGGCAAGCUGCUGGGUAACACAAUCUUCUGGGUUUCCUUUACCAUCUUUGGUCAACCGUUUGCCGCCCUCAUGUACUUUUACGCGUGGCAGGCCAAGUAUGGGAGUGUGAGCAAGAUGGCUACUAUGCAGCAGCUUGUCCAGCAAGGGCAGGGGACUUGCCCUCCCCUUGUGUAGUUGGGUGCUUCUGGAUUUGUUGGAUUGACGUUGGGGGAAAAUAUAGGCUUAAUCAAAAGGACAGUGUAAUGUGAUGGACAGUUGUUGUUCUUGCAUCUGUAUGAGGUUCUUUGGUAGACCGAUUGCUAUAGCCACGGUGUUCGAGGGCGUUAUCUCGGGGCUAUGAUGUUAUUUUAUAGCAAAGAAGGGAAAAUAUUACGCGGUGUCCAAAUCUGGG